AUGGCUGCAAAACCUGAUGAUGUUACUAUAGAAAUGGAUCGUACACCACUUGCUAUGGCAUGUAUACGAGGACAUACAAAAAUAGUUGAACUGCUACUGAAGAAAGGAGCUAAUGUCAAUGUCACUGAUGAAAAUGAAAAUACACCACUUGGUAUAGCUUGUAAGAAAGGACAUACAGAAAUAGUUGAACUGUUACUGAAGCAUGGUAUAGACAAUACUAAUAGCACUAUGAAUGAUAAAAAUUGUAUACCUGGUACGGCCAGUGCAGAAGGGCAACAGCCUCAGAGAGUUAAUAUCAAUCACACUAAUUUGGAAAAUCGCACAGCACUUCAUAUUGCCUGUGAUGAAGGAUGUAAAGAAAUAGUUGAACUACUACUGAAGCAUAAUGGAGUUGAUAUCAAUAUCACUGAUAAGGACAGUAAUACACCACUUAUUAGUGCCUGUAUAAAAGGGCAUACAGAAAUAGUUAAACUACUGUUGAAGCACGGAGCUAAUGUUACUAAAUGUGAUGAAAAAGGUCUUAAUGCUCUUGAUAUUGCUGUAGAGGAAGGAAAAAAAGGUGCUGCAAUGGCUAUAGUCAAAAGUGAUAAAUGGAAGGAGGCAUUAUGUAGCUAUACAGAAGUGGAUACAAGUGAUGAAAGUGCUGAUAAAAUUUGUGGGAUUAGAAGAAUAUGUUGUUGCAAAAAAAGGAAAAGUCAUGAAGCUAAAAAGCAAUUCACAACACCAAUGAGAAGAAUAAUUAAGAAGAUGCCAGAUGUAGCUAAAGUUGUUUUUGAGAACUGCUGCAAGGAAGAUAACCCACCAGAUCAUCCUGAUCAUGAGAUUACUUUUAAUUAUGAGUUCCUUGAUGAUUUUGAUGAACCAAAACUAGAAGGAGAUCCAUCUAGUGACUCAACUACACAAAACACUGGGAAUGACGAUAAUGAUGAACAGCCUGGUGCUAAAAGAUCUUAUGAAAAAUGGCCUCCAAAAGCAAAAUACUCUAGUGAGAAUCAUUGUCUUAACAUACUUGCUGAUUCACCAAGUGCUGAUUUAUUAAAGCAUCCGCUUGCUGCUACACUUCUUGAUCAAAAAUGGAAUAAAAUAGGACGUAUAGUCUAUUACACUAAUUUGUUUUUUUAUUUUUUGUUUGUCAUUCUACUGACAUCAUAUGCUCUCACUGUCCAUCCUCCAAAUUCAAACAUUUGUAUGGAAGUAUUUGGAAAUGACAAUGAAACAUCUAUUGAUUGCUUUACAGGUAAUUGCAGAAUAAUAACUAUUAUGUGA